AUGGAGGAAGAGACACCCACCCCCGUUUCUAGUGUCGCAAAGGAAAAGUCCAGUAAAGUGUCAGAUCUCAUCAAUCGUUUCGAGGGAGGCAGCCCGUUAAAUUCUAGUGAUUUGAAGAAAGAUUCCUCUGUUCUCCACAUUUCUAAAUCUCAAGGAAGAUAUGGGUCAACACCAUCACCUCAGCCAAAACUCCCCUCCCAGCACCCACUACAAAAACAGGGAAACAGUAAUACCGACAAAACUCAGGUUGCACAGCUACGCACAGCCAACGGAGUAGUAGCACAAGACCAGAGAGAAGAUGAGGACAGGAGAUUACCUGAUUGUGGCUCUGCUAUGUCCACCCCAGUUCUGGAUAAUGCCAUCAACAGCAGCUUGAUAAAUGGGGAAAGAGAAAGUACUUCCAGAGAGUCAUUGCAAAGUAUGACUGCUUGUGAAGGACAGAUGCUUAACAGCUGCUACAGGACUCCAAGCAGUGAUACACUGCUCUCAUCUGAAAAUGAAACUCUAGAAAUUAAUACUAAUGUGAAGGAAGAACCAACUGAGGAAAUCAGUAAGCGAGAUCAACCUGUAGAAACAAAGGAGACAGAUGAACAGAAACGGCACAAAAUUGCCAGUGAACUUCUGCAAACAGAAAAAGCCUACGUUAGCCGACUUGACCUCCUAGAUGGGGUAUUCUAUUCCAGACUCCUUGAAGAAGCCAACAGAGGUUCAUUUCCAGCUGAAGUGAUUAACAAAAUCUUUUCUAAUAUUUCAUCGAUAAAUGCCUUCCACAGUAAAUUCUUACUUCCAGAACUUGAGAAAAGAAUGCAAGAAUGGACUACCACCCCCAGAAUUGGAGAUAUUCUGCAAAAGUUAGCUCCUUUCCUCAAGAUGUAUGGAGAAUAUGUGAAGAAUUUUGAUAACGCAAUGGAACUGGUGAAAACGUGGACUGAACGGUCACCUCAAUUCAAAUUCAUUAUUCAAGACAUUCAGAAGGAAAAAGUGUGUGGAAAUUUGACAUUGCAACAUCACAUGCUAGAACCAGUACAACGCAUUCCACGCUAUGAGAUGCUUCUAAAGGACUACCUAAGGAAAUUGCCUCAGGAUUCCCUAGACUGGAAAGAUGCUGAAAAAUCCCUGGAAAUUAUAUCCACUGCAGCAAGUCACUCUAAUAGUGCAAUAAGAAAAAUGGAGAAUCUAAAGAAAUUGUUGGAGAUAUACGAAAUGCUGGGAGAAGAGGAAGACAUUGUGAACCCUUCGAAUGAGCUGAUAAAAGAAGGACAGAUCCUUAAACUCGCUGCUCGCAAUACGUCUGCUCAAGAACGGUACCUUUUUCUAUUUAACAAUAUGUUGCUCUACUGCGUCCCCAAAUUCAGCUUGGUAGGAUCAAAGUUCUCAGUUCGAAACAGAGUUGGCAUAGAUGGUAUGAAGAUUAUAGAAACUCAUAAUGAAGAAUAUCCACAUACUUUUCAAGUGUCUGGAAAAGAGCGAACACUGGAGUUGCAGGCCAGUUCUGAACAAGAUAAGGAAGAAUGGAUAAAGGCGCUUCAGAAUACUAUAGAAGCUUUUCAGCAGAGGAAUGAAACUUUCAGAAACGCAAUUGCUAAAGAAUAUGAAGACAUGCCUGUUGAGGUUUCUGUAAGUUGCUGUUAUUCCUCUCUUGGGAAGAGAGCACCGAGGUGGAUACGAGACAAUGAAGUAACCAUGUGCAUGAAAUGCAAGGAGCCCUUUAAUGCGCUGACAAGGAGAAGGCACCACUGCCGAGCAUGUGGACAUGUGGUUUGCUGGAAAUGUUCCGAUUAUAAGGCACAUCUGGAAUAUGAUGGCAAUAAAUUGAACAAAGUCUGUAAGGACUGCUAUCAUGUUAUAACUGGUUGUACAGACAGUGAAGAAAAGAAGAAGAAAGGCAUCUUGGAGAUUGAAUCUGCAGAAGUGUCUGGAAAUAGCGUCAUAUGUAGCUUUCUUCAGUACAUGGAAAAAUCAAAGCCCUGGCAGAAAGCAUGGUGUGUUAUACCUAAACAGGAGGCUCUCGUGCUAUACAUGUAUGGUGCUCCACAGGAUGUUAAAGCUCUGGCUACAAUUCCACUUCUGGGCUACACAGUAGAUGACACUCCAAGAAGUGCUGACCUCCCGCACAGCUUCAAACUGACGCAGUCUAAGUCUGUGCACAGCUUUGCUGCGGACAAUGAGGAACUGAAACAGAAAUGGCUAAAAGUUAUCCAUUUAGCUGUCAAAGGUGAGACACCAGAAUGUCAAAAUGAACUGCAAGCGAAUUUAGAAGAGCAACCUGAAUCUUCUAAAACAUCUGAAUGCUGAAGCUUAAGAA